AAUGGGGUCAGCAUGCCACCGUCUGGUCUCUUGCUUGCGGGGCUGUGGCGGAGUCGGGCCAUGAACCGGUUUGUUUGGGGGCCUGGGUCCCCUGGGAAGCGGUGGCUGGUGGCUGGACUGGGGAACCCCGGACUGCCCGGCACGCGACACAGCGUGGGCAUGGCGGUGCUGGGGCAGCUCGCGCGGCGGCUGGGAGUGGCGGAGAGCUGGGCGCGCGACCAGCGCUGUGCCGCCGACCUCGCCCUAGCCCCGCUCGGGGAUGCCCAGCUGGUCCUGCUCCGGCCGCGGCGGCUCAUGAAUGCCAAUGGGCGGAGCGUGGCCCAGGCUGCGGAGCUGUUCGGGCUGACUGCCGAGGAGGUGUACCUGGUGCACGAUGAGCUGGACAAGCCCCUGGGGAAGCUGGCUCUGAAGCUGGGGGGCAGUGCCAGGCAAUGCCAAGGCUACUGGUGGGCAUCGGGCGCCCAGCAAACCCUAGCGCAGUGCAGGCCCAUGUCCUGGGAUGCUUCUCCCCAGAGGAGCAGGAGCUGCUGCCCCCGUUGCUGGAUCGGGCCACCGACCUGCUUCUGGACCACAUCCGUGCUCAAAGCCAAGGGCCUUUACCAGGCCCCUGACACUAGUGGACAUGGCUGCCUAUCUGACCACAAUGCCCACAAACCCAGCCACAGAACUGCCAAGCCCACCUGUGGUAUCCACUUUUUAUAAACUGUUUUCUGGACUACCCCCAGGUCCCUUGCAGAGGGAGACUGUGGACGAAACAGUCUGUUUCUGGGGUAGGAAGUUCGCUUCUCUCCAUGUGCUACUUGGGAUUCAGGAAAGUGCUGGGAAAACUAAACUUUUUGAGUCUUCUUAGAGAGGCAGAAGGGUGAAUCUGUAAGAUUAAAGAUGCCAAUUUGAAAUAUAAGGCCUCUUCAAGGGAAUCCUACCCUUCCCUUGCCAAUGGAGUGGGGGUAACAGAGUAUGACAGGCCCCCUUCCCAAGGGAUGUGUAGGCAUGUGUUGGCCCAAAGUGGCCCUACUGCAACCUUUUUUCAGCCUAUGUUAUAGAUGGGGAAGCUCAGAGAGGUCCCACCACAUCCGUAAGGCCACCCAGCUGUGAGCUGGCAGAGGCACAAUGUGCACCUAGGGCUGGCUGCCACCUUUCUGUCCCUGGCAUCCCGGCACUCUCACCUCAGAAGUAUUCUUUGCUUGGAAGUUCCCCAUGCGAGUAACAUAUGAAAGCAGCCUGAGGUCCUGAGGGUUGGGUGGGAUAUGGGCCCGGCGAGGCACCAGGCCUAGAUCCCCUGGCUGGUAGGUUAUGAUGCCAGAGAGCUGCUGCAGCACACCCUCCACUUUCGGUGGCUGGAUGAUGGGCCGGCUGUGGGGAGGGGUUUGGGGUCAUCAUCUCUGACUCACAGAAGGGGAGGCUGAGGUUCAGAGAGACCUUGAAGAGCCUGGCUUCUGGGUCAGGAUCAUCAGAGGACAGCCGCUAGAUGGGUUCCAUGGCUCCCUCUUCGUUUUUUUUGGUUUUUGUUUUGG